GCCUGGCACCCUUCGGCGAGCGCUGUUUGUUUAGGGCUCGGUGAGUCCAAUCAGGAGCGCAGGCUGCAGUUUUCCGGCGGAGCAGUAAGAGGCGCCUCCUCUCUCCUUUUUAUUCACCAGCAGCGCCGCGCAGACCCUGGACUCGAGCUUGCUGCCGGCGCCCUCAGCCUCUCUCCGCGCUCAAGAGCGGUCUCCGCCGUGGCGGUUCUCCAUGCGCAGCGCGCACCCGAGGAACUAGAAGUUAGCUUGGAGAGGCGCCGGACCGUGGAUGGCCUUGACUGACGGCGGCUGGUGCCUGCCGAAGCGCUUCGGGGCCGCGGCUGCGGACGCCAGCGACGCCGGAGCCUUUCCAGCGCGGGAGCCUUCCUCGCCGCCUUCCCCCAUCUCCUCCUCUUCCUCCUCCUGCUGCUCCCGAGGUGGGGAGCGUGGCCCCGGCGGCGCCAGCAGCUGCAGGACGCCGCAGCUCGACACGGAGGCAGCGGCGGGACCCCCGGCCCGCUCGCUGCUGCUCAGCCCGUACGCCUCGCAUCCCUUCGCGGCUCCCCACGGACCUCCGGCGCCCGGGGUCGCAGGCCCCGGGAGCGCCCUGUCGAGCUGGGAGGACCUACUGCUUUUCACUGACCUCGACCAGGCCGCGACCGCCAGCAAACUGCUGUGGUCCAGCCGCGGCGCCAAGCUGAGCCCCUUCGCACCCGAACAGCCCGAGGAGAUGUACCAGACCCUCGCCGCGCUCUCCAGCCAAGGGCCGGCCGCUUACGACGGCGCGCCCGGCGGCUUCGUACACUCGGCAGCCGCCGCCGCCGCCGCCGCCGCCGCGGCCAGCUCCCCAGUCUACGUGCCCACCACCCGCGUGGGCUCCAUGCUACCCGGCCUGCCGUACCUGCAGGGGGCGGCCAGCGGGCCCGCCAACCACGCGGGCGCUGCUGCAGUGUUCUGCGUCCUUUGUGACCUGCUGGAGGACCUGCCUGAAAGCCGCGAGUGCGUGAACUGCGGCUCCAUCCAGACGCCGCUAUGGCGGCGCGACGGUACCGGCCACUACUUGUGCAACGCCUGCGGCCUCUACAGCAAGAUGAACGGUCUCAGCAGGCCCCUCAUCAAGCCGCAGAAGCGCGUGCCUUCCUCCCGGCGGCUUGGAUUGUCCUGUGCCAACUGCCACACCACAACCACCACUUUGUGGCGCAGAAAUGCCGAGGGCGAACCUGUGUGCAAUGCUUGUGGACUCUACAUGAAACUCCACGGGGUGCCUCGACCGCUUGCUAUGAAAAAAGAGGGAAUUCAAACCAGGAAAAGAAAACCUAAGAACAUAAAUAAGUCAAAGGCUUGCUCUGGUAGUAGCAAUAAUUCUGUUCCUAUGACUCCAACUUCCACGUCUUCUAAUUCAGACGAUUGCAGCAAAAAUACUUCCCCAGCAACACAACCGACAGCCUCAGGGGCGGGCGCCCCAGUGAUGUCUGGCGCGGGAGAGAGCACUAACCCCGAGAACAGCGAGCUCAAGUACUCAGGUCAAGAUGGGUUGUACAUAGGCGUCAGCCUGGCCUCGCCGGCCGAAGUCACGUCUUCAGUGAGACAGGAUUCCUGGUGCGCCCUCGCCCUGGCCUGAGCCCGCGGGGAUUUUGUCAAGCCGUCCAAACCCGGGCGAGUAUGCUGACAGAACAUUCCUCUGAUGCGUGAUUUCCGUGCCUUUAUUUUGAAAGAGAUGUGUUUCCCAAGAGGCUUGCUCUGUCUCACCACCGAGCCCCUGACUCUGAAGAGCCGGAGAGAAGAUGGAGGGCUGCCGGGGAAGGGCCAGUGCGGCCCGCAGCACGUCGCCUCCUCCCUGGCCGUGGCCACUUCCAGCCAGCCUGCCUCUGGGGCUGCCAGGGCCUCUGACGUCCACUGUGCCUCUUCCAGAAACUCGGACUAGACUGGGCCUUGCCUGUUAAGGAAUAUUGAGAGAAUUUUUUUUUUUUUAAAAAAGGUUUUAUGUGUAUUGCCCCAAAUCAUGUGCUUCUUCUGAUCGGUUUUGGUUAUUCCAGAAUUUCUUCAUAUACCUUUUCCACACCCGAAUUUCACAUGCUUUCAUGGAGAAGACCAUUUGAGGCCAUUUGGUACACACAUCUGGAGGCUGAGUCAGUUUGUGAGAUUUCUCGUCAAAACUAUUACUCCGUGUGCAGGACUGCAUUGUACCUGUAACGUACACUGUGACUGGCGUCUCUCAAAGUUCAUGUUGUGGGCCUGACUUGAGGUCAGUUGGGAUUUGUAAACAGGGUAGCAAACAAGGUAUUUUUCUUCCAUGUAAACAAUAAUUUUUUUAAAAAGUGCAAUUUGCGUUGCAGCAAUCAGUGUUAAAUCAUUUGCAUAAGAUUUAACAACAUUUUUUAUAAUGAAUGUAAACAUUUUAACUUAAUGGUACUUAAAUAAUUUAAAAGAAAAAUGUUAACUUAGACAUUCUUAUGCUUCUUUUACAACUACAUCCCAUUUCUAUAUUUCCAGUUGUUAAAGAGAAAUAUUUCAAGAACAAAUCUUCUCUCAGGAAAAUUGCCUUUAUCCAUCUGUUAAGAAUUUUUAUACAAGAACACCAAUAUCCCCUCUUUAUUUUGCUGUGGAAUUUGUGCUGGAAAAAUUGCAACAGAACUUUACUACCUAACAGAUAACAUUUGUAAAUACCAGGCAUCUGUACGCACUACGAUGAAGUCUCUGGUGUGACUAACCCACAGGCAGGUUGGUUUACAUUAAAUUUUUAAAGAAUGGGAUGUCCUAUGGAAACCUAUUUCACCAGAGUUUUAAAAAUAAAAAGGGUAUUGUUUUGUCUUCUGUACAGUGAGUUCCUUCCCUUAUAGUUUCAUUUCGAUACUGUAUGUGGCUAGAGAUACACCUAUAAAACAAUGCGUGUGAUGUUUGCAAA